AUGUAUCACCAAGUCGGACUCGUGAGAUGUUUGUCAUCGUCUCGAAUCACUGGCCAUAGUCUGAGUCCAUUGGCUCGUAAUGUGUCACGGACAUGUUCGAGGUCAACAACAUCGAGCAGCAGCAUCCAACGUCUUUCACGCUUCUGGAUUCCUACUGUUGGGGCUGAAAGAUCUAGAGAUGCCAAAGAUGAGUCCCAUGAAUUGCUUAUCAGAGCGGGCUACGUACGACAAGCUCACGCUGGCAUUUUUCAUAUGCUGCCACUGGGCAAUCGUGUACAACAAAAGCUUGAAGCAUUGAUUGACAAGCACAUGGAGAGCAUAGGUGCUGCUAAAGUCUCUUUGUCUACCAUUUCCUCUGAAGAGCUUUGGAAGAAAACUGGUAGAUUCGUAGGCCAUGGCGGUGAAUUGUUUGGUUUUCACGACAGGAAAGAUGCAAAGUUCCUGCUAUCCCCAACUCAUGAAGAAGAAAUUACAUCUCUGGUCGCCAGCACUGUCCAAUCCUACAAAGAUCUUCCUCUUCGCUUAUACCAAAUUGGACGCAAAUUCAGAGAUGAAGCACGUCCACGACAAGGUCUCCUACGCGGUAGGGAGUUCACCAUGAAAGAUCUCUACACCUUCGACAUCACAGAACAACAAGCCAGACAGACCUACGAGGAAGUGCGACAGGCGUACAGAGCUUUGCUCGAUGAGCUCAAACUGCCUUACCUGGUAGCCGAAGCAGACUCCGGCAAUAUCGGUGGCACUCUGAGUCACGAAUAUCAUUUUGUAUCGGCGAAAGGUGAGGAUAACGUCAUCAGUUGUGGCUCCUGUGGCUACACCAUCAAUGAUGAACUCGCUAUAACUUCAGUCGAUCAGCCGGAUCAGAUACCUAUUGAACACAAAAAGGAUCUUUCUCGCUGGAUUGGUGUAACUAAGGACCGAAACAGCCUCGUAAUAGCCUGGUUCCCGACCACUACGCAACAACACUCUGGAAAUGACAGCAUCAGAAACGAAGUCAACCCCAAUGUCAUAAAAGCUCUGGUGCCCGAUGUCGACCUCUCAGUCGAGAACCCUCUCGAGACUUGGGACAAAGCAAACCCCCGUCGAGAAGAAACCGGCUCCCGUCCCUCAUCCGCCCAGAUCAUCGAAAUCAACGACGAACGCCUUCCAUUCUCUGCCUCCACAUUCACUUUCCUCCAACAAAAGCUACAACCACGCGAACUGCUUCUUCCUUCCGGCAAGUUCAACAGCAUACAAUUCCAACUGCGCCCACGAAAGAACGGAAAGUCCAUGCAACUCACUCGCACACUAACAGGCGACCCUUGUCAAAAAUGCGGUGAUGGAAAAGUGACGGUCGAUCGCGCAAUAGAAGUAGGACACACAUUCCACCUCAGCACCAGAUACUCUGUCCCACUAUCAGCAACCUUUGUCGACAGCAAUGAUGUUCGCCAGACGAUUGAGAUGGGCUGUCACGGUAUCGGUGUUUCGAGACUGGUUGGAGCAAUUGCAAGUAUGUUGUCUGAUGCCAAAGGUCUGAAUUGGCCUGCGGUUAUCGCACCUUUUUCUGCAGUUGUGGUGCCUGCAAACGGGAACGAAGAUGCUGCUGAGGACGUGGCGAAGAAGCUUUUGUCGAAUGGCAUUGAUACUGUGCUCGAUGAUCGCAAGAAGCCUAUGGGAUGGAAGCUCAACGACGCCGAUUUGGUGGGUUACCCGUUGAUUGUCGUUUUGGGCAGAGCGUGGAAAACCGAGGGUAAAGUCGAGGUGCAGUGUAGACGAUUGGGUAUCAAAGAGGAGAUACAGUGCGGUGGUGAUGUCUCAAGUGCUCUUGAACAGAGGCUGCAAAAUCUGCUGAUGCAGUUGUGA